CCUCAAUUCUGCUUGAGGUAUCGAUUUCUACUUCAUUAAACCACAUCAUAGAGAACCUACGACGUGUAAAUUACCUCUUCAUACGCGCCAGCCUAUCUCGUUUGUCCAAUUGACUUACAAUAUCAAGAAUGAGAUCGAACAUAAUUGUAUCGAGACGCGACGAAAAUACAAUCAUUUACACACCCUUGUACGACGAUUCCCAACACCGCGCCAAUCUUUCGCGAGUAGCCACCGCACCUACUUAUAGGUCCCGUGAAACUUAACGCCGAAUCAACUAUACCUCUACGCCCCUAGAAACUCUCAUAGAUGCCACCACGAAGACGCAAGCCCACCCCUCCCCCCUCCCCAUCUCCACCACCACCACCAGUCGCCCGCUCGCCCUCUUCUGGCGGUUCUGACGCCCCUUCCGGAUCUCCUAGUGCCGCCGACAACUCGUGGCGCGAUGAUUCCGAGCCCCCGCGCUUCUUCAAUACGACCUUCACUACGUACCGUGUCUCUCCUCUAUACCUCGGGCCGCAGGGCUUAACAUCCGAGCGUCUGGAACUCUUGUCCCGACGGCUGAGGGACGUGCUCGUUGGGGACGUGGUGCGCGGCGUGCAGGUCGGACUCGAGAGCGAUAGCGGGGCUUUAGGGCGUACAGGGGCGCUGUAUGGUGUAGAGUGGCGAUGGGUUGAUGGGGAGCGCAUUUUGGGGAAGAAGGGUAGUGGACGGGAAGGGAGUGUGGAAUUAGGGAAUGGGGAUGAUGAGCAGGCGAGCAAUGGGAGUGGAAGGCGUGUGAUGUGUAUUGAGUUGCGGUAUGAGAAUGCAAGGUUCGGCGCUUUGCUUGUGCCUGAUCUAGCUGGGAAUGAGGAUUCAGCCGGUUCCGGGUCUGGGUAUCAGCCUUCCUGGACGUGGAAUAUGGAUGGGGAUACUACAACCUCGCGGAAAAGUGAGGUAGACACGACUUCUUUUCUACAUCUCCCAUUACUUUUAUUUCGGAUGCCCGCGCCCCUAAAAUCGGUACUGGUGGAUUUCAUAUCAAGCACUUUCGACUGUCGCAUCAGCCCCCUUGCGCUAGGCACACGGUCCCUCAUUAGCAGCUGGGAAGCUUGGCUCUCCGACAACGGGUCCAGUAACGGGAGAAAGGCGCUGAGCAAAGACGUCCUCAUAACAUUAGGCUUUCAUAUCGAACCCCCUAAGCAGAAAUCACAAGUCCUGGAAGGCUCUGGAGAGGGAGAAGUUGUUGGUGAACAUCAAGGUCAGAAACCUGAAGCGCUACAUCUUGGGUUAAAAUCCGUUGAUAUCACCAUCCCCGCCUCGGACGUACACCGCUUUCUGCGCGCAGGUGAGAAACUAGACAGCGAGUCUAAUGACGCAUAUACGAAGAAGAGGAAAGUAGAUUCUACAACUACUUUAUCAGACGAACAGCAGAGCAGGAGGCGCCGGAAGCUUGCGGGUGGCAGAGAUGAAGAUGGUUGGGCAUGGCGAGCUCGUAACAGCAACAACGACAACAGCAAGGAAAUCCAACCCGAGAUCAUCGAUCAACCCUUCACAGAAGCUCUAGCAGAGUACCUGUGGCACCAUCUUGGACUAGAUUUGUUCCACCCGGGCAUUCGCAUCCUAAGAGUUGCUUGCGAUGGCUUUGCGCUAUCGGACGGGAGGUUCAAACUAUUUACCCCUGGCCGGCAUCAUAGCGACGAGGAGGAAGAAAGCGCUGUGUGGAAGUUGAUGCGGGGGUUGGUGCAGAGAGCUAAGGGUAAUAGGUCGGGAUGGAGCGCGGAUGUAAUGAAGGGCUCGAUUGAACAAUAGUAGAAUAUGGGACGAUGGUUAUGAGAUACCUAGUAAAGUAUACUUAUACUUACCUGUUAGGUAACUAUGGUGAAUUGCAAAUUAUCGGUAUUAGAUUGGAAAGAGAUAAAUUAACUGACGGUAUGUGGGAUAUGUAAGUGGAC